AUGGACGAUGACAGGGCACUUGACUUCGAGCUGGCGGAGAAAGCAACUUUCUUGGAGUAUCUGCCUGUUUGCCGGAUAAGGCGGUCAGCAAGUUGCCCCGGAAGACUCAAGCAAGACGGCUCCACGGAGAACCCUUUGCUGGAGAGCAGCAUUGGUUGGAAUCUGCCACAUGACGUCAGUGAAGGCUGCGAGGCGUGGAGCAGAAGCGAGACUGUGAGCACAUGCAGCCAGCACUCGGAAGUUGCUGAGAGCACUCCUCACGGUCGAGAGCCCGAAUGGUCUGUUGGGUCCACGCUGCAUCCUCAGCGCUGCAAGCCCUGUGCUUGGUUUUGGCGCCCGGCUGGCUGUGCCAGAGGUGCUUGCUGCCAGCACUGCCACGCAUGUUUGCCUGGCGAGAUGGUGAUGCGGAGGAGGCAAAAGCGAGUGCUCGUCAAGUCUAUUCGCAAACUGGUGAAAGAGACACCACUGGCGGCACUACCUGCGCAGCUGUGCUUGCCGGCGGCAGUGCCCAGGCUGCCGUGGUGA